UAUUCACGUGGAUUUCAGCGUCAACAUUGCUUCACGCGACUUUGCCGCGCAUUCUCCUACGUAAGUGCUCCUGCAGUUACGUUAAAGAAUGGAAGGACGUCAUGCGUUUGGUCUCAGAGGCUUGAGGCUGGCGUCGAAAAUACAUUGGCAGCUAUUUCCCGUCGCAGCUGCCGUACUGAGCGUGCGGCGAACUUCAACUAACGUAGGUGACAGCGUUUCGGCAGGGAAACAUGAGCUGCAAGCGAAGCCCUUCGAAGCGAUUCCCAGGGUACCUUCUUUCCCUGUGAUCGGCAGCUCGUGGAUCUACUGGCGCCUGUUGGGUAAGCACCAUCCCGACCAGAGGCACAAGGCAUCCAUGGAGAUGUACAAGAAGUAUGGCCCCAUUGUGGUCGAGAGGCUUCCAGGGCGUUAUUCCCUAGUGCACCUGUUCAAGGGCACAGACAUUCGAACCCUGUACCACGAGGAAGGGAAGGAGCCGUUCAGAAUGGGUGCCACGACGUUCAAGGACUACCGAGCGAGCAGACCGGAAUACUACGCAGACGUGGGCAUUCUCAACCUUCAGAGAAAAGCGUGGCUAAAAGUUCGAAUGAGCACACAACAACACACGCUGCGCGUGCGGACAACAAUGUCAUACUUGCCCAUCAUGAACAAGAUCGUGGAGGAAGCCUUGGACUUGCUCGAGCAGCUCAUGGAUGAAAACGGCAAAGUGGAAAACUGCUUCACCUUCAUGCAGCGAUGGGCUCUGGAAAGCGUUGCCUUGACGUCUGUUGAUGCCAGGCUAGGCUCCUUGACUCAUCCGCUUGAUCUCAACCUCGAAGGCCCCGCCAUACUCGAAGACAUGAAAAUGAUCGUCGCCUGUAUGCAGAAGUUCGGCAUACCGGUUUCCAUAUUUUCGAUAUAUCCGCACGCCCACCUGGCAGCGAUUCGAAAAAGCCAUGGACGACUUCACUGUGUAAGGAGCAUUCAACUUCCGCGCAUAUUCCGACACAUCGAGGCUGCAGCCGAAAGAAUGACUUCUGAAGAUUCGGCUCACGAGCCAACCAUACUGGAACACAUGUUGCGAGAGAAGAAGCUGUCGUUUGGAGAAAUUCUAGCAUUCAUCAGUGACUUCAACCUCGCGGGAGUGGACACGACGGCGACAGCAGCAACAUUCCUUCUGUUUCACCUCGCGAAGAAUCCACGGGCUCAGUCGAAAGCACGAGAAGAAGCUAUAGCUGUGCUCGGUGAACACUCCAACACUGUUGGACCACACCAACUGGAGAAGUUCUCCUUUCUGAAGGCCUGCCUGAAGGAAAGCAUGCGGUUGAAGCCCAGCCUGCCGGGAAUCUACCGAAAACUGGACCAAGACGUCACUAUGUCCGGCUACGUUAUUCCAGCUGGGGUUCCCAUACUCGUGGACGGUUUCGUCGCCGGCCGGGCCGAAGAAAACUUUUCUCGUCCGGAGCAAUACAUACCAGAGCGCUGGCUGAAAACAGAGCAAGAAAUUCUUCCCCACGACGGAUAUGCUUCGCUGCCCUUCAGCUUUGGUCCGCGAAUGUGUCUGGGCAGGAGGAUAGCAGAGCUGCAAAUAUGCACACUCGUCGCUAAGAUUUUGCUGAAGUACAACAUAGAGUACCCGAGAGAGGAGCUUGAAUUUCAUGGUCAACUCAUAAACAUCCCAAAGGACCAUACCGACUUUUCCUUCAAGAUGCGCCGACCAGAGGCUAACAGUAGCGACCUGUAGUCGGGUGCAGCUUUUGAAGUCGAUCUGCGGCACUUCCCUCUCAAAGGCGGAUGCAAAGAAGCGUGCACCGAUUGGCGUGCAUUCCUUGGACUGACGUCGAGAGCUGGACGGUUGGUGGACCAAUCUCAAGAGAACAUUGUCGCGUACAUGAACUGGAGUAUUUCGUUAGUCGCGGUGGUGAUUAGCUACCACACUUCGGUCGUCUACAGGUGGGACGUCUCUGGACUUCUCAAGUUGUAGCCAACUAUAUAUGUGAAAUUCGCAGCUGCUACCUCCAUGUAGCUGUGAAUAAUAUAGCAGUGGUGUGAAGCCAUCUUUUCGUUGCACUUGCAGAUUUAAGUACAUGGCCGGGUAAAAAAAUCUAACGGUUUGAGUACCUAUGUCCGGAGUAGUGUAAAACUUACCCACGAAUAAUAAUCGGGCAUUGGAUGCUA